AUGGCCGCCUACAGACCCGGGGUGCUCAUCGGCAACUGGAAGGAGGACGCGUGUUUGGAGGAGGACCGCAUGAGGGAUUUUAUGCAUAAAAGAGAACGAGGAGAACUUUUAAUACAGAAAAUAAACAAACUUCAAGAUAAUCUUUUAAAGAAGAUACAGCUGUCGGUAUCUAAGGAUGGAUUUGUUCAUUUUGGAGACACUGUGAUGCUUUUGAACCCAGACAACAGAUCCUCAGUGGAGAAUCACCCUGGAGCGUGCAGCAGUCUGACUUUGGCAAUUAAUCUGGAUGAAAUAUCCAUGUAUUUGGCCGAAUCACUGCAAGCCCCUUGUGGAGUUAGCGCAGUCGAGAGUGCGGACCCUGUGGGUCGAAAUACUUUUUGUAUUUUAAGUGUUGAUGGAAAUGCAGCGGAUGAACCGAUUAGAUUUGGGCAAAACUUUGGUCUUGGGACAACAGGAGGUUUUUCUGACCAAAUGUUAUAUCUAGCAAGUGACCAUAAAUCAUUUAUAAGAUUUGCUAAAAAAUCUUACCUUCAGCAAGUAUUUUUGACGGAUGAGCUUUCCUAUUUGACUUGCUGGCAAGCUACCUUCUUGGAUCCACAGCUGCGUCUUGAAUAUGAAGGAUUUCCAGUUCCUGCAAACUCUAAAAUGAUUAUUACUCAUUGCCAUACUAAUCGGAGCUUAGCUGUUCCAAGGAACUUUUGGACAAGGUCUUAUUUUGGAAAAGAAUAUGAAGUAAUUUGUCACACUUAUCUAGACUCCCAUAAAGCUGAAGAAGAUAAGAAUUACUGGGUAAUAGUUACAGGAAAUCCCAGCGAUGAGGACGGUACAAUGAUUGAUAGACCCAACCCUCACCCAGGUGGGAUCAGAAAGAAUGAGUUUCAUGAAAAGACAUAG